AUGGCCCAUCUUGAAGCUGGCAAGAAGCGCAGCAAACCGCAGGGAGUGACCAACCCCGAUGAUGAGCUCAGACCGCAGGGAGUGACUAACUCCCCUGAUGAACCCGAAGCCCCCGUGAAUCCCCCAACUACUCCUGAUCCUCCCUACGACGAUGGUGAUGACACUGGCGGUGAAGUCGGACCCAGGAUUGCGUUCGACGGAACCCGUUUGAUCAGCUGCCAGCUGGACCCGCCGACGGUUACCAAAAAGCUCUUGAAAGCCGAUCUCAAUGAUCGUUACGACAGAUUGAUCACGGUCUACAAGGAGCUGGAGGAAAAGUUUCACGAACUCGAAGGGCUCAACUCUGAGCUCGAGGACAAGGUCCGCGACCAGAGUGAAAUCAUUAAUGAGAGAGACGAGGCGAUGGCUCGCUACCACAGAGCAGCCGAACAACGAAAUAAGGCACGGACUGCUCUUGAAACCUCCCAGGCAGCUGAAGCCGAAGCGGUCUCUCGAGCAGCCGCAGCUACGGCCGAAAGGGAUGCUGCUGUUACCAAACAGACUGAGAUGGCUCUCAAGUUCUUUGACCUUCAAAACAGCACACCGGUUGUGGAGGCGACUCAAUCUAAGAAAACAACACGUCUUCCCGACGCGCCUAUGCUUAGUGAUGGCAUUGAUGUCCGCGAAUCCUGGAAGACCGGCAUUAAGAGAAGACUCGCUGGAAAUCCUGACCAUUUCCCCGAUGCCAAUGCUCGCAUUCAAUACGUGCAGAGCCGUGCCGAAGGACAAGCCUUCCGUCAUAUGGCUCCCCGUCUGGACGAAGACUCAUCCGAUCCAUAUAAGGAUUACGAAGACAUCCUUGCCCAUAUGAAGACUGUCUUCUCCAACCCAAACCACGUGGCAGAGGCACGAGCCAAGUACCAGCGUCUUACUAUGAAGCCUAGGUACCAAUUUACGACCUUCCUCGCUGACUUCAUGGAGCUAGCAAAUGAAGCGAGGAUUCACGAGGAAGACAGAAAACAAGAUCUCUACGAGAAGCUGCCGCCGAUACUGCGAAAUCAGAUGUUGGGUGAUUUCUGCGAGGACGAAGUCAGUUUUGAGACUUUCAAGGCUCGAUGCAUCCGGCGUGCUCAUGCCAUCUCUCAAGGCCAGUUGAACAAAGCGGGAACUGGCAAAGGACGGUCCUAUGCUGGAAGGGCCACCGCCUCUACUUCAUCACCUGGAGCUGCAUCGUCGUUAUCAAAUUCGAAGGUCAAGACAGAGAACUCUGCAACACCGACCCACGUCCCAUUGUCUACUACGGAACGUGCACUUCUUAUGAAAGAAGGCAGAUGCUUCGACUGUAGAGAGCCAGGCCACAUGACGCGUGACUGUCCCAAGAAGUCAUCGUCGAAGACCACUGCCGCGCCUGCUGUUGCUGCAGCUCAAUCCGCUAUCGAUUUGACAGCUCUCGAAGACCCCGCUGUUGACAAUUCGGGAAAAGCCCGUGCCUAG